UUGCAAAUCUUUAAGUUUUAUGAUAUCAAUAUGACAUUAAGUUGUUAUAUACAAGGAACUACAUUUGUUUACAACGUAGCCUAACACCACACACAAUUCACUUUCGAUAUCAAACUAUCGAGUCGAUCACGAGGUGCACAUUAUUUGCUUCUUUGUUAUAAUAUGUGGUUAUUUCGUGACGAAAUAACAAAGAUUACUUGGAUUUAAGCUAAUUAUAUACAUUAACAUUUUGAAUGUUGAAAGUGGCACCAAAGAAUUGUGAGGCAAAGUUGUUCGAACGCUGGUGCCGUGAAGUGACUGGGUGGGGCGAACAUCAAGAUCAACUUGUUCGACGGUAGACAGUGGUUGUCUAGGCUGCAUUUCGGCCGUAGUUUCGGUGCGUGAAGGUGUACAAGAGGAACUGUUGGAUUGUUACAUUUACUGGACUGAGCAAGAAUGAGCACUUUUGCAGCUGUUCAACAGAUAUGUUGGAAUAAUUGGUUAAGGACUGGACAUUUUUGUGCCCUGUUAUUGCCAUGGUUUCAGUGGGUGGAUAUUUGUAUUUCGACAUUUUUGGACCAGGAAUUUGCGAACUGAGUGGUUCGUUAUUCUCUUGUGCUUGAGAAAGCCGGAGUCUUUUGCCAUGGCCUUCAGCAUCUGACCUAACUUGUUGACACCCAAUUGUUGACGCAAGAAUCACCGGGAUGCAGUGCCAUUUGUGCGUAUUGCCAGACCGGUCACUAUGGAAACUGCACGAUGUUGAGGACACCGUCCCGAGCGCGUUCCUAUUGAAACGAUGGUUGUGUACACGCAGUGUUGCCUCUUUCUGAGUAUGACGUGCAUCCUUACGUCUGCAGCGCAGCGCGUGGACAGACCGCGAGGACAUGGGUGUUUUUAGUUUUGAGUGUGGCUCAAACCUGAGUAUUAAGAAGAGUAUCAACAUAUUCGUGUAGCUGAGACAGUUGACUGUUUGUGAGCUGAUCAAUACUCAGCUCAGUGGAAACUAAAAUCUGAGUUGUGAGCGGUAAAUGGAACGCAUCCUCUAUUGGUCACUCCACUCUAUGGGAUCUCCUGAUGUCAUCAGACGCCUACUCCUCGGGUGACGUCAUUCAUGAUCACCGCGACUUCAGUACGUCCGCUGAUCACUUCAAAUCUGGCUUAAUACAGCAAUGGGCGGAUGGUAUCAUCAGUGUCCAAGCUAUAAAGCUUGCAUUGUUUAAGAACAAUGAAGAGAAGGCAUGGGUGGUCUUUAACGCGAUUGGUCGAUCUAAGAGCACGUGGUUCAAGUGUAACAACAUAUUGUACUCCUCGUACACGGACUUGCCGGACAGCACCCUGUUGGAGGAGUGCCCGGGCAGGGAUUUGAUGGGAUACCCUCUGACGAUGAUGCAGUAUUCGUAUUUUCAAAGACUGUGUCCGCAGACCACGGGCUGGCUUCUAGUUGCAGACACCAACCUAAUGUUCAGACCUUGUGAAGUCUACAUCCCGUCUGGACCAGUACCAUACUUCAAAUAUUCUAGGCUGACUACAGUCGCCGACCUUACCACUCAACUGGACUCUGCUGACACUUUGGCCUUAUUUUUCCAAGUGUGGGAUCUCGCGUUCAAAGGAAUCGAGGGUAUCAGACCCUCAGUCAGCUCCCUAAACAACCUGACGGGCCUGUUCAUGUCCCAGUACACGGAGAACGACGAAGCGGGCACCAGCGUCCGCAACCUCCAGCACACGCAGGCGUCCCGCAUCUUCAAGUCUGCCGUUGUCAACAUGUGGAGCGACCUGCACAUAGACAUGGUGAAGUUUUCAAUGCUGAACACAGGCGUGGAGAAGGCUUACGUGGUGUUCUCUGGGCGUUCCUCCAGCUCGCUGUCCUGGUUCAGCGGAGACAAGAUCCUCUACAGCAGCUACGGACAGGCUUUAACAGCAUCCACAGCCCUUGAAGCCUGUUCUAUAGAGGGGUAUAUUGCCCCACACACGGCCGCCUGCUCUAUACAUGGGUAUCUUGUCUCUCACACGACCAUCUGUCCUUACAUACGCCUGCUAUUCACGACCAUCUGUUCGUACAUACGCCUGCUCUAUACAGGGGUAUCUUGUCUCUCACACGAUCAGCUGUUCUUACCGAUUCCCGCUCUAUACAGGGGUAUCUUGUCUCAUACACGGUCGUCUCUCCUUAAAUACGCCCGCUCUAUACAGGGUUCUUUUGUCUCAUACACGACCAACUGUCCUUACAUACGCCUGCUCUAUACAGGGGUAUCUUGUCUCUCACACGACCAGCUGUCCUUACAUACGCCUGCUCUAAAAAGGGUAUUCUGUCUCUCACACGAUCAUCUGUCAUUUCAGAUUCCCGCUCUAUGCAUGAGUAUCUUGUCUCAUACUCGAUCAUCUGUCCUUACAUACGCCCGCUCUAUGCAGGGUUCUUUUGUCUCAUACACGAUCAAUCACCUGUCGUUACAACCGCCCGCUCUAUACAGGGGUAUAUUGUCUCAUACACGAUCAUCUGUCCUUACAAACGCCCGCUCUAUACAGGAUUCUUUUGUCACACACACGGCCGUCUGUCCUCACUUACGCCUGCUCUUUUCUUCCCAACGCCUGCUCUUUUCUUCCCACAGCGAUGGCUAUCGGAACUGGCAAAUACAGAGAGUGGCGGCCGGAGAGGGUUGCGGCGCGGAGAAGCAGCUGGGCUGGAUGCUCGUUAAGGAGCCUCGGAACAACGGCUCCUGCUCCUGGGAUGUGAACACCGUCAAGAAAAAGCCGUACUUCCUGUACAACACCGGAACAGCGGCCACAAGUCCCGCGCAUUUUCAGUAUGCAGACGUGAUGGCUGUGUUUUUGCACGGGUGGCGCAUGGUGUUCAAGGUGGCGGCUAGCGGGUCGCUGGGGACCAAACCAAGCAUACACGCCUUGUGGACCGAACCUGGCUCCCUCAAUGAUGACGUCGCAAAUGCGUCAUCGCUUGGAACAUGGACAACGUUUAAAUCCUACGUAGUUGGCAACUGGACAACUUCUUUCAUUCGAGCGGUUAAGAUGGCCGUAUACAGAGGCGGGGUGGAGGUGUGGAGCGCGGUGUUCGACGCCACUGCAAGCACGAGUGUGUCGUGGCUGGACUGCCGGCGUCUCUUGUACGCCUCUCCUUCUGACUUCAGUGGCAGCUACGCCAUUGCACAGUCGUACACAUGUAGCCUGUCAGGUAUUUCCUCAACAUUCCGGUUUUUCCUUGGCACCACCGCUGAUUGCACCAAAGUGACGAUGUCAGGGGUGUUUGCAGUCGUUGACCGGGGCAGCACCUGUUCCUCACGUGCAGACCUGCCUCAGUUUCUCUACAGUAAUACACCGGAAACAGUCCUGACAGACUCGAGUACACAAGCCAUGGCGGACAUGUUGGCAAUAUUUGUGGAUAUGGAUAGCUGUGCGGGCUCGGUGUGCGAGCACGGGGGCACGUGUCAGGACAUUGGAGGCCACUUCCGGUGCUUUUGUACUGACGACUACUAUGGGAAUACUUGCGCCAAUUGUACGUCGUUGAAUGGCGUGUACUCUCCCUGGGGCACGUGGAGCGCGUGCAGUGUCACGUGUGCGAGUGGUCACAUGACCCGGUCACGUGUGUGCAUGGGAGCGCUCGGGGACGGAAUCUGCGUGGGCGACAGAGAGGAAGCUUCACUAUGUUCUAUGGACCCCUGUCCAGUUGACGGCGGAUAUGGUCCCUGGUCCACGUGGAGCGCAUGCACCUUGACAUGUGGCACUGGGUCGCAGUCCAGGACACGUGCCUGCGAUAGUCCGAUCCCCGAGUUCAACGGCGACCCAUGUGACGGAUCGGACAAGGAUAUUGGUCAGUGCAACACCGCGCCAUGCCCCGUGCGAGAGGCCGACUCGGUUCAACAAAGCCAGUGCGAGAGGCCGACUCGGUUCAACACAGCCAGUUCAAGAGGCGGACUCGGUUCAACACAGCCAAUGCGAGAGGUGGACUCGGUUCAACAUAGCAAGUGCGAAAGGCCGACUCGGUUCAACACAGCCAGUUCAAGAGGCGGACUCGGUUCAACACAGCCAAUGCGAGGGGUGGACUCGGUUCAACAUAGCAAAUCACGUAGCUGUAUAGAGCCAAAGUACGGCGGUAGAGAGUGCGAGCUUGGUAACAAUACACAAAGUGAACCAUGCAACCUUCAGGCUUGUCCAAUUGAUGGUUAUUGGACGGAAUGGUCGGAAUGGAAUGUGUGUACCUUGACAUGUGAUAGUGGAACACGUGACAGAUCACGUAGCUGUAUAGAGCCAAAGUACGGCGGUAGAGAGUGCGAGGUUGGUAACAAUACACAAAGUGAACCAUGCAACAUUCAGGCAUGUCCAAUUGAUGGUUAUUGGACCGAAUGGACGGAAUGGAAUGUGUGUACCUUGACAUGUGAUAGUGGAACACGUGACAGAUCACGUAGCUGCAUAGAGCCAAAGUACGGCGGUAGAGAGUGCGAGGUUGGAAACAAUACACAAAGUGAUCCAUGCAACAUUCAGGCAUGUCCAAUUGAUGGUUAUUGGACUGAAUGGACGGAAUGGAAUGUGUGUACCUUGACAUGUGAUAGUGGAACACGUGACAGAUCACGUAACUGUAUAGAGCCAAAGUACGGCGGUAGAGAGUGCGAGCUUGGUAACAAUACACAAAGUCAACCAUGCAACAUUGAGGCAUGUCCAAUUGAUGGUUAUUGGACUGAAUGGACGGAAUGGAAUGUGUGCACCUUGACAUGUGAUAGUGGAACACGUGACAGAUCACGUAGCUGUAUAGAGCCAAAGUACGGCGGUAGAGAGUGCGAGACAUGUCCAAUUGAUGGUUAUUGGACUGAAUGGACGGAAUGGAAUCAGUGUACCUUGACAUGUGAUAGUGGAACACGUGACAGAUCACGUAGCUGUAUAGAGCCAAAGAACGGCGGAAGGGAGUGCGAGCUUGAAUGGAGUGUGUGUUCAUUGACAUGUGGAAGUGGAACACGUGACAGAUCACGUAGCUGUACAGAGCCAAAGGACGGUGGUAAAAUAUGCGAGGUUGGUGACAAUAUACAAAGUGAAUUAUGCAGCACACAGUUAUGUCCAAGUGAUGGUUAUUUGACUGAAUGGACAGAAUGGAGUGUGUGUUCCUUGACCUGUGGAAGUGGUACACGUGACAGAUCAAGAAGCUGUAUAGAGCCAAAGUACGGCGGUAAAGAUUGCGAGGUUGGUAACAGUACACAAAGUGAACUAUGCAACACGCAGGCAUGUCCAAUUGAUGGUUAUUGGACUGAAUGGACGGAUUGGAAUGUGUGUACCUUGACAUGUGAUAGUGGAACACGUAACAGAUCACGUAGCUGUAUAAAGCCAAAGUACGGCGGUAGAGAGUGCGAGCUUGGUAACAGUACACAAAGUGAACUAUGCAACACGAUGGCAUGUCCAAUUGAUGGUUAUUGGACUGAAUGGACAGAAUGGAGUGUGUGUUCCUUGACAUGUGAUAGUGGAACACGUGACAGAUCAAGAAGCUGUAUAGAGCCAAAGUACGGCGGUAAAGAUUGCGAGGUUGGUGACUAUAUACAAAGUGAACUAUGCAACACACAGGCAUGUCCAAUUGAUAGUUAUUGGACUGAAUGGACGGAAUGGAAUGUGUGUACCUUGACAUGUGAUAGUGGAACACGUGACAGAUCACGUAGCUGUAUAGAGCCAAAGUACGGCGGUAGAGAGUGCGAGGUUGGUAACAAUACACAAAGUGAACCAUGCAACAUUCAGACAUGUCCAAUUGAUGGUUAUUGGACUGAAUGGACGGAAUGGAAUGUGUGUACCUUGACAUGUGGUAGUGGUACACGUGACAGAUCACGUAGCUGUAUAGAGCCAAAGUUUGGCGAUAAAGGAUGCGAAGUUGUCGACAAUAUACAAAUGACCGGUGGAUGGAGUUCGUGGUCGCACUGGUCAGAGUGCUCGCGCACGUGCGGUGUUGGGGAGAGGUCACGUGCUCGCAUUUGCCCCGAGCCUGCACCACAGUGGGGUGGCGCUUACUGCAGCGGAAUGCGCACGGAUACAGAUGCGUGCCAAUUAAAAACCUGCCCUGUGGAUGGUGAGUGGAGUGACUGGACCAAGUGGUCAGAGUGUAUCAACAUGAGCAGCGCCGCAUGUUCGUUUCCAAUGAACACGAAAUGCACGUGCGGAACGGGCCGAAGGACACGUGACAGGUCUUGUGAUAGCCCGUCUCCACAGUUCGGCGGGCUAAACUGCACCGGGGUUUACGCAGAAUCAAGCCAGUGCUUCGUACCAUGUUUCAAACUGAAAUGCAGCAAAGAUACGCCUGAGGGAUGUCAUAUCGUUAUCAGUGAGUCUGCUUCUCUAAAGAGCAACGCUUUGGUCAGUACAUGGCCUACGCCUGGUGUGGCCUUGCUGGCUAGUCUAGCAUGGUUGAUGGCUGGUCAGUACAUGGCCUACGCCUGGUAUGGCCAUGCUGGCUAGUCUAGCAUGGUUGAUGGCUGGUGACAUGGCCUACGCCUGGUAUGGCCAUGCUGGCUAGUCUAGCAUGGUUGAUGGCUGGUCAGUACAUGGCUUCGCCUGGUAUGGCCAUGCUGGCUAGUCUAGCAUGGUUGAUGGCUGGUGAAGUAUCGGUGGAAAAGCUACUCAAAGGAACCAAAUGAAAACGUUGGCCUUAUUGCUCAACAGAUAAUUGUUGAAUCAACCUUUUCAUUUAACAUUGUCAUGUCACUUCUUACGGAUAGUUCAUGGUGAUGUGAAUAUCAAUUGUGCAAUCAAUUAGUGAUAA